AAUCUCAAAUUCACAAAAAAAAAAAAGAAAAAAAAGAAAAAAAAAGAAAUGGAGAUUUGGUUCAUCAUCCUCGUCUCCCUCUGCAUCAGCUAUGUUCUAAGCUCCAUUUUAAGCCAUUUCCGAAGCUCCACCAAGCUCCCACCAGGCCCUCCUUCAAUCCCCAUCAUCUCCACUUUCCUAUGGCUCCGCACAUCGCCUCUCCAAUUGGAGUCUUACCUCCGCACCGCCGUCGCCAAAUACGGCCCCAUCGUCACCCUCCGCAUUGGCUCUCGCAUCUCCAUCUUCAUAGCUGACCGCACCAUUGCCCACAACGCCCUCCUCCAACAUGGCGCUCUCUUCGCCGACCGCCCACCACCUCCUCCUUUGACCAAAAUCCUCUUCAGCAACCAGCACAGCAUCCACUCCGCCCCUUACGGUCCACUCUGGCGCCUCCUCCGCCGCAAUCUCACUUCCCAAAUCCUCCAUCCUUCCCGUGUCAGGUCCUACGCUCCUGCUCGCAAGUGGGUUUUGGAUAUUCUUCUUAAACGCCUUCUCUCCCACUCUGAAUCGGGAACUCCCGUCUGUGUUGCUGAUCAUUUUCAGUACGCCAUGUUCUGUUUGCUGGUGCUAAUGUGCUUUGGGGAUAAACUCGACGAACCCAAAAUCAAAGAAGUCGAGAAUGUGCAGCGUACGAUGCUGCUAAAUCUUAGUCGAUUUGGUCUCCUUAACUUAUCGCCUAAAUUGACAAAGAUUUUCCUUCCAAAACGCUGGGAGGAGUUUCUCCAACUAAGAAAGAACCAAGAGAGGGUCAUAAUCCCUCUAAUCGAAGCAAGAAGGAAGGCCAACCAAAACAGAGGAAACAGAGGAAACAGAGGAAACAGAGAAAACAGAGUAAACAGAGCAAACAGAGCCGACACUGAAGAAGAAAAAGAAGAAUUCGUGGUGUCAUAUGUGGAUACCCUUCUCGAUUUGGAGAUUCCCGACGAGGACAAUAGAAAGCUUACCAAUGAGGAGAUUGUGACCAUAUGCUCGGAAUUCCUCAACGCCGGCACCGACACCACGUCGACGGCCCUGCAAUGGAUAAUGGCGAAUUUAGUGAAAUACCCAGAAAUCCAACACAAGCUUUUUGCAGAGAUAAAAGGAGUAAUGGGGGAUAGAACAGGGGAGGAGGUGAAGGAAGAGGAUUUGCGGAAGGUUCCAUAUCUGAAAGCGGUGGUUUUGGAAGGAUUAAGAAGACACCCACCAGGGCAUUUCGUGUUACCACACGCAGUGAAAGAAGAAACAGAGUUGGAAAAUUACGUGAUACCAAAGUAUGGGACGGUAGAUUUCAUGGUGGCGGAGAUGGGUUGGGAUCCAAAAGUGUGGGAAGAUCCGGCGGCGUUUAUGCCGGAGCGGUUCUUGAAAGGAGGGAAAGAAGAAGAAGAAGAAGUGGCGGAGUUUGAUAUAACAGGGAGCAAGGAGAUAAAGAUGAUGCCGUUCGGAGCAGGGAGGAGGAUAUGCCCAGGAUUUGGUCUGGCGAUUCUUCAUUUGGAGUAUUUCCUUGCCAAUUUGGUUUGGCGGUCGGAAUGGAAGGCCGUGGAGGGAGACGAAGUUGAUCUGUCGGAGAAGUUAGAGCUUACGGUUGUCAUGAAAAAGCCUCUGAAGGCAAGAAUCUAUUCCCGAGGAUAAUUUGAGUUUACUUAUUUUGAAAUUUA